UCCUCAAUCCAAAUUAACUGUUUCGGAGGACGUCAUGAAAAAUAGAAUACGAAAGUCUUUGACGUUAACAGUAAAAGAUCCAUGCCCACAUUUGGUCAUUUCCUAUUCCGACGAUUUGUUUGCAGAUUUGAAUGUAAAGACGGCAAAACCCUCUCAUGGGAGCCGUAUCAUGUCCAAGAACAAUAAAGUUUCACUUGAAGAACUUGGCAUUAAUUCGGAUCGAUCUGUCAUAAUACCUGCAAAUAAUGAAUCGUCUAAUUUUUCCUUAUUAAAUUCACCACCAUCUUCCGCAAAGCUGAAAGUGGAAAGUAUGGAAUUAGAACUUAAAAGAAUGGAGAACGAAUUGAAACAAAUAGUCGAUGUUCAACUUGUAGUUUUUCAAAAGCGAAAUAAAAUUCAUGGGCAAUUGGUGGAGUUAUGGAAAACAUUGAAAACAUUAGAAACAGAUCAAGCGAAUGCCUUAACAAAUGAAGAUUAUGUUCAAGCAGAUAAACUUACUCAUGAUAUACAAGAGUUAAAUAAUAAAAUCAAAACUUUUUGUGGUGUAUUACCCGGAAUAGAACAAACUUUAAAUGAAUUGAGAGAAAAGCAAGUUAAAUAUUUAAAAAGUCAAUCUGAAACAAACAAAACUUUGGAAAAAGAACUUGUAAAGAAAAAGAAAAAAGAAGAGGAUGCCCAUAAGCAAUAUGCUGUAGAUAUGGAAAAUUUACAUAUCUGGAAUAAAGGUGUAGCUGAUCUGAAUGAAAGGAUAGAAGAACGUGUUCGUGAUGAAAAAUUGGAACGUGAAUCGCUGUUAAAAAAGCGUGAAAACGUUCAGACUCAAAUAGCUGAGCUUUUACAGCGUCUUGAAAAACUUAGGGCAGAAGAAAAAAGUUAUACAAGGCAAAUCACAGAUAUUGAUUUACAAAUUGAAAGUAUUGCUAACGAAUUUAACGCGGAACGAGAUGAAAAUUCCCGAGAAAAAAUUGAAUUAGACAGAAGAAAACAAGAGGUUGAUAAUAAAACAAGACAUGUAGAAGAAACAGAAACUCAUUUACACCAGAGACUUGAACAUUAUCGCAAGAGACAAGAAACAUCACAAGUGCAAUUGGAAUCAUUAGAGCAACGUAUUAGUGAAAUUAGAUUGAUGGCUAAAUCAUAUCGUGAAGAAGCUAUCGAAGUUGAGAAGUUGAUAGAACAUUUAAAGCAUCGUAGUCAAAGGGAUAAUGAUUGUGAAAAAGAAAUUUUCGAUAUACGACUACAAAUGGAAGAAAGUGAUACGGAAGUUAAACGAUUAACUUCAAAGGUGAUGCACGAUCAACAAACUUAUUCUAAUAUUAAACAGGAUAUAUCAACGAUAGAUACCCAAAUACCAGCCUUGGAAGAACAAAAAAAGUUGGCUGUAGCAGGACGGGACUUUAAAUCCGCAGGCCGUUUAGCCAAUAGAAUAAAGGAUCUUCUGUCGAUUCGUGAUGAGCGAACAAAAUUUUUAGAAACGAAGCGUGAAAGUUUAGAGCGUGAUCAAGAAAGACUAAAGGCAUCAAGAAAAACAUUAGAAGAUAAUACGACAAAAUUAGCUGAAGCGGUGAAAAAAAUUGGGGCAGAACUGGAAGAAGAAUUACAGGAAUCCCUUCUUCAAUUACGGUCAAGAUACGAUGUAGCUAAUCAACAAAAGCUGAAUUUUUUGCAAAGUUUACUACAAAAUGAAAUACAAGGAAUGGAAUGUCGCAUAAAUCACGUGCGCAUGAAAUACGGUAUUAAUGAUGAGAGGGGGUCCUUAAAGUAA